AUGAUUGGGUAUGAUUCAACACGGAAUCUACUAGUCGAAUCUUUGGAGCCUAAGCCUGAAGCCAACCUGGAAGAUUUUAAAAGUUGCAUCUAUCGGUAUGGUGCGAAGGUUGUGAGUUAUAAGGAGACAGAACAGACUAGGGAGCUAUCUCAGAGCGAAGACGGAACAUGGAAGAGAAAAGGCCCUUAUUCCAAUCCCGUAGCGAAGCACUCUGCAGCUCUUGGUCUAGAUGGCGAGGAGGAGCUGGGUAUAGAAGGGGAUCAUUCCACUCUCGUCAAAUUUCAGCAUAAAAUGCAGCCAUCAUAUACCAGUAUUCUUCGUCAUCUUGAAGAAUACACUGGAGAUAAUGGUGGCCAAUAUAUGACCGCAUAUAGUGCCGUAACUAAGGGGAUAUCUCGUGACUUGGGGAGAGUUCUCCAGAACACUGGUAUCGAAAUUAAUGCACCAUUGACUUACAGAGCAAGAACGAUGACGCUCCUUCACAUAGCAGUUGAUACUGGCGAGAUUUUAAAGGUGCGAUUGCUUCUUGAACAGGGCCCAGACAUAGAAGCUCAAGAUCAGGAUGGGGAUACGGCACUCGUGUAUGCUAUUAGAAGCCGUCGUCAAGAUAUUGUCGAACUCCUUCUACGAUAUGGUGCGAAAACAUCCAUUACAGCGUGGAUCUCGUCUUUUUCCAUUCAUGUCCCGCUAUUGCACUUUGCUUGUAAAUCUGGCUGCCUGGAAACUGUUCAAACGCUUUUAAAAUGCGGCGAUACUGUCGGUCUUAACCAUCAUGAAAUUGAGCGGAAAUAUACUCCACUUCACCUUGCUGUGUAUAAUAGCGACGAAAAAAUACUACAGACGCUGUUGGAGGAGGGGGCAGAUCCCAAGGCGCACGACCAUAUCUCCGCCACUCCGCUUCAUUUCGCUGCGGGGAAGAAAGGGAAAGCGACGCUAGCAAGUUUACUUCUUCGCUAUAACGCGGAUAUCGACGCGGAGAACAUUCACGGGCGGACCCCAUUGAUCUACGCAGUCCGUGCCGCAAAUGAGGACGUUAUGGAUCUUCUGCUGGAGAAUGGUGCACAGAUUAUGCCCCCAACAAAAGACUUUAGAGAUACCGCCAUACACAUGGCGUGUAAAGGGCCAAAUGAGAUGUUGCUACUGAGACUAAUGACGGGGAAUGAAUAUCUUCACGUGAGAGGUGACAUUGGACACUACCCUAUACAAACCGCUGCCCGCUGGGCCAGCAAAUGGGCGGUGGAAUAUCUAUUAGAUAUCGGGGCAAAUUUUGAAUCGGUAGACAGGGAUGGGGCUACACUAUUACACUUGGCAGCUAAGAAUCGAAAUGGGGGAGAAGACUUGGUUGCCUUUCUUCUGUCUUGGGGUGCCGACAUCAACGCGAAGGAUUCCGUGGAGGAUACCCCAUUGCAUGAUGCAGCGAGAAAGGCAAACGAAGGGGCGGCUACACUCCUUAUCCAGCAUACCGAUAGAGAUAAGAUCGAUGCGAAUAAUGUUGAUGGACAUACUGCACUUCAUCUUGCGUGUGCUGCAGGCUCUGUUGUCAUAGUCGAGGAACUUCUAAAGAAGGGAGCCGAUAUCACAGAAAGGACCAUCUCUCGCCGCACGCCGUUGCACUUGGCCGCCAAAAGUGGGAGCUUCGAAACGGUAAAGUUUUUAUUAGAGCAUGGUGCAAAUAUAAAUGCGCGGACUAUGGGCUUGUCUCGGGCAGUAGAUCUAGCAAGAAAGGAAGGGCAUAUGAGUUGUGUUCGGCUACUUGAGGGGUGGGUAUAG